AUGGCCAAACUAUACUCUACUUGCCUUUCUAUUCUCUAUUUUUACUUCUUCACUUGCUUAGCUGUGAGUACUAAGAAAAACAUCACCACAGAUGAAUUUGCACUUCUUUCAUUAAAAUCAUCUAUCACCUUAGACCCUUAUCAUGUUCUUAGUAAUUGGUCUUCUUUCUCUUCAUGCAAUUGGGUUGGUGUUACCUGUGAUGAAAGUCAUGGUAGAGUAAAUGCAUUGAAUCUAAGUAACAUGGGCCUUCAAGGUUCCAUUUCUCCUCAACUGGGAAACCUCUCUUUCCUUGUUGUUCUUGAUUUACAAGGCAAUAGUUUCCAUGGAGAAAUUCCUUCAAGGAUAGGGGACUUAUCAAAACUUCAAUAUUUGGAUCUUGGAUAUAAUAACAUUGUUGGACUUAUUCCUCAAUCCAUAUCCAAUUUGUCAAUGUUGGAGUAUCUAAGUUGGAAUUCAAAUUUCAUUGAAGGAACUAUUCCACAUGCUAUUGGUAAACUUCAAAGGUUGAGAAUUUUGGAUGUUAGAAAUAACACACUCUCUGGAAUCAUACCAUCAGCAGUUUUCAACAUGUCUUCACUCCAAGAAAUCCUUCUAGCAAAUAAUUAUUUAUCAGGAGAAAUUCCAAAAGGAAUUGGCGAUCUUCCACAACUGAUAAAAUUGAACCUUCAACAUAACCUCCUCACUGGCAACAUAUUAAUGUUGAACAACUCAUCUUUGCAAAUAUUGGGUCUUGGUUUUAAUAAUCUCUCUGGCAUUCUUCCAUCAAAUGUUUGUCUAGGACUUCCAAAUCUUAGAUUACUCUAUCUUUAUACUAAUGAUUUUUCUGGUAAGAUGCCAAAUGUUUGGAGUUAUUGCCAAGAAUUGGAAGAUUUAGAGCUAUCCUAUAAUAAUUUUGACAAAGAACCUAUGCCAGCUGACAUUGGAAACUUGACAAAGCUUCAAUCUUUAUAUCUUACUAGCACCAACUUGGAAGGUGAAAUUCCAGUUUCCCUCUUCAACAUCUCUUCCUUGAUAGAGAUAGUCCUUGACGGAAACGAUUUAAAUGGAACUCUUCCGGGCGAGAUGUGUCAUCAACUUCCUCAACUUAAAAUAUUUACUCUAUUCCGUAAUCAUUUGGAAGGAACCAUUCCGCAAUCGAUUGGCAAUUGUACAUUGUUACAAACAUUAACUUUGCAGGAUAACUUUUUUUCAGGUGCGAUACCGAUGGAGAUUGGCACUCUCAAUCAAGUUCAGCUUCUUCAAUUGGGAAAUAACAGUUUGAGUGGACAUGUUCCUUCAAAUGUCUUCAACAUCUCAACAUUGGAACAUCUUCAUCUUGAACAAAAUUCUCUCUCAGGCAUGCUUCCAUCAAAUAUUGGAUUAGGCCUUCCAAACCUACUACAACUUCACAUGUAUGGAAACAGGUUUGUUGGAAAUAUUCCAAAUAGUAUUUCCAAUGCUUCAAAUCUCGUCAUAAUUGACUUGAGUUCGAAUGAAUUUAGCGGAGUUAUACCAAACUCAUUUGGAAAAUUAAGAGACCUUGAAUCACUAAUCCUAGGUGGAAAUAAUUUGACAAUAGAUGAAUCUCUUGAGUUCAACUUCCUAACUUCACUGACAAGUUGCAGAAACUUGAAACGUCUUGAAAUAUCAGAGAAUAGUUUACCAUUAAAACUUCCCAAGUCCAUUGGAAACUUAUCUCUAGAACAUUUUUGGGCAAAUUCUUGUGGAAUUAAUGGAAACAUUCCACUAGAAAUCGGAAACAUGAGCAACUUGGUUCAAUUAUCUCUGAGUAGGAAUGAUUUAAAUGGAAAAAUCCCUAGUACAAUCAAAGAGUUACAGAAAAUUCAAUCUUUAGGCCUUGCCUACAAUGAACUUAAAGGAUCUAUAAUUGAUGAGCUUUGUGAAAUUAGGAGUUUGAGUGAGUUGAAUUUAACAAGCAACAAGUUUUUUGGAGUGUUACCAACAUGUUUGGGAAAUAUGACUUCACUUAGAAAGUUUCACAUUGGAUCUAACAGGUUAACCUCUACAAUACCUUCCUCCUUUUGGAAUCUCAAAGAUAUUUUAGAGAUUUGUCAGGAAAUCAAAUUUCAAACAACAUUCCAACAACGAUAA